ACGUCCUAACACAGCGCAUCCCUGGGUACGAGUGUAAUCACACACACUGAUGCCAGUGAUUAUAACAUGGUACGGAAACACAGGGAUUGUAUAAUAAGUAAUAGCAACCAUGAUUUUCAGAGGCUCAGUUGUGAAGUCAGUGUUCUAGGACAGGGUGUUGUGUAGUCUUGAGUCAAGGGGUCAUGUUGAUGUCGCAGACAAUUUGUUUUAAAAACAUUUUAGUUUUGUGAAACUUUUUUGUUUUUAUGAUGUCAACCUUCGUUAAAGGGACGCAUGACUGCCAGUUGUUCUGGAAUUCCCCACUUCUGAGUCUUGAAUUGUUGUUCACUGUUCUCCAAGAAGACACAUCGUCCAUUUUCGGUUUGGAUAGUUUGGUUGAGAAGGUGUCCGAAUGGAGUUGAUGGUAUCGGGUUUAGUCGUCACCCAUAGCGGGGGAAUGCGUGGUUCCGGCGGGGGGCUUCUAGCCAUGAUGGAGCCGAUUAAACCAAACUCACUGCAGGAACAAAAGGUUUUGAAAAGUGAAAUUAAAAGAGACAAGAACAGAGAGUCUUCAGCUCGGAGCAGACAGCGGAAGAAAGACGAAGAUGCACAUAACCAACAGGAGGUCAUUCGGCUACAAAUCGCAAACGAGGAACUUCGUAAAAGAGAAGAGAUGUUACUCCAAGAAGGUAGAGAUAUUCUCAGUCAAGUUGAUCCAUCCUAUUAUGAUAAUCCGAGAUGUUCCGGAUGUCCUGAGGAAGUUGUUGAAACGGAACCUUGUGAUGUUCCGUCACCUCCACAUCUAUCCACCCCUCAAACACCACCGGAUUUUAUGGAAUCCUCAUAAGAAAUAUUGAUGUACUGUAUUAAUACCACAUGAAAGACGACUCCGCGUUGGAAUAGACUCCACAAGGCUAUUACUUUACACCUCAUGAAAGACGACUUGAAGCAAGACUAUUUCAGGCGUUCAGGGUGAGCCGCCUAAUGGAGUUUAAGUGCGUGUCAUCUGCAUUGGGAUAGACUCCACUCAAAGCUGUUAGAAUUGAAUAGAAUAGAAUAAUGUUUUAUUGUCACUUGGGGAAAAAAAAUGGAUUACGUUAUUUUCAAGCCGGACUUUAUGGAACUAUAAUGGAGUUUGAGUACAUCCGCGUUGGGGUAAAGACUCCGCUCAAUGCUGUAACAGGGAUUCUGUCACUAUCAAGCUACAACAAGUUGCUUCCAAACGGAUAAAGAAAUUGACACUUUGGAUGGUGAACUUUAACUUUGCUUUUAAGAAGAAGGCCAGUACCUAUGUGUUCCUUGCUUUGUCCAUUGGUUGUUAGUCAAACCAGUCUUGGGAUUCGGUCAGGCGACAUUUAAAUCAUACAAGAAUUGUCCCGCCUACUGGCUAUUAUUUUAUUUAUGAUCAAAGAACAAUUGUGAGAGUGCGGUAACUUUAGUUAAUUUUUUGUUUACUCCACAACGAUUGCAUCAUUAACCGUUAGAUUGGUUUAUAAAUCCAGUUAAAACUACAUGUAACUGUAAAAAGUAAUGUCAUUACAAAAAAAUGGUUGCGUUUUUGACAUUAUCAGGAACGAGCAGUUAUGGAAGAAAAAAUGUAAACAAUCUGAGAAAUAUAUCUGACAGUAACGUUUCUCAAAUGCAAAUUUUGGGGUGAUAAAAACUAAAACCUUAUUCGGUUUUUUCCAGAAUACAUUUUCUUUAAAGUGAAAUAAUUUCAAAGUGAUUUAUACAAUGGAACCCCUGCAGGCUCUUAAAACCAAGUAAUUUUUAUUGCCAUUAAUGUUUAUAGAGUAAUCACCAAACGUGUACCUCCCCCUAAGUAUGGCAAGGAGUUGGAAGACCAUUUUUUUUUUUGGGGGGGGGGUGUUCCUCUAACACCACCAAAAGAUGUAUAAUUAUGAUCAAUCCAAAUUGAUAUUUGGGCAUUACAUUUUGUAUAAUGUAUAGGAAGAAACUACCUUGGUAUAGUUUUAUGUGUAAUGAGGAAUCUGUGCUAAUGGGAUUAUUAGUUUACUUUAGUUAUUAAUAAUGUGCUCUCGUGAGUGGGCAUCUGAGAAAAGCGCCCUCUAUGUAAAAGAUGGAUAAGGCUCAGUAUUUUGUUCCAUCCAUUGGUAUUGGUAAACUUUGACAAUAUUUUUGUCCAGAUGAGCAUGAAGUUUAAUUAAUGUACAGUGUAGAGUUUAAUAUUUAAGAAAUUGGUUGUAUAUAAAAGUAUGAAAAGAAAUAAAAACUGAGUAGUAAUGGGU